AUGGAUUUUUUAGUUUCCAACGAUCGUUUGUAUCCAGCGCGGGGCACCUCGUCGAUCGUGAACGAUCGUACAGUGCAGCACCAGAUCUCGAGCUACCGGAAGCGACAGCUUUACGCAAGUGCAGCGCCGCGUCGAAAUGUCACUGGCAGCUCCUCCGAAGGACAGUUUGCCAAGGAGUUCGUCCCAUCGCCAGAGGUGGUGCCGUUUUUCAACGAGGACAACUCGGCACCGGGCAGUCCCGCAGCGGGCACAGUGGAUGCACCCUACCCGACCGGACAUUCCGACGCUGACUCACGCUGGUAUGCCGGUGGGAUUGGCCUAUCCGGGCACGGGGCGUACGCUAAAGCGGCUCCCGGUGGGGGUGGAGGCUCAUCGGAAGAGUCGGGAAGGUGGGAGCAUAAGUAUGGUUGGACCACUCCUCAGACCCAUCAGCGCCAUCAGCCCACGGUGCAGAUAAAGUUCCCGCAGGAUCCAACGCCACACUUCCCCACGCCCAAGGGCAAGUGGAAGUGGAUACCGGAGGAGGAGGAGGAGGAGACGGAAUCAGCGCAAGCGGCCAAAGCCGAACGUCCACGUCCAGCGGAGACCCCGUUCUCGUCGCCGCUCGGUUCGUUCGAGGAGCAGCAUUUCGGGCGCCCUCAGUUCGCGCAUCCCGUACCGACUACGGUGAAAAGUCAUCCGUACAGCUUCGAUCGGUCCCCGCUAGAGGGUACCUUCAGCAUUGAACCGGUGCUAAUAGCCAACCAUAGUAGUGCAGGUGGCGGUGUUGGUGGUGGCAGCAGUACCGGUGGAAGUGCUCCUGGGACGGAAAGUAAUGAAGCUGCCGGUGGAAUCGGAGGCACGACCGACGUUAAGCUGGCGGGCAAGGAGGAUGCACAUCUCAAAGGUGUUUCACCGUGGAAGAAAAUCAUACACGUUCUGAGUGCAGCCAUUCCGAUCGGGUUGCUAAUAUCGGCGCUCACGCCACAGGUCGUUUACAUCAACCCGAAUGCCACGCAACCUCCCAUCCAGCUGCAAACGCCGACCCCGGUCGGUGGUAGCGCUCUGUCCAGCACGCCAACGCGUCAGCGCAGCCUCGGACAGGAUGUGCCACGGUUUCUGCUAGCCCAGCGCGGUCUCGGUGCGGAUCCGGACGCGCUGGUCCGGCUGCUGCGCAAGCUGAACGCGCUCGAGCAGCGCGAAACGCCAGCGCACGACAAUGACGACGGCAAGGGCACGAACCGCCUAAGUGACAGCAGCGCUGCAAGGCUGCAGGGAUGCGACUGGAAGCUGCUCUGCCAGCUCGCACGCCAAGGAAUGUCCGGCAUGGGCACGGACGCACUGCACAAGACGCUGUGGAAGAUUGUCAGCGAGACCUCCCCAUCGGAAUGGCAGGCGGCGGACGGGCUCGGGCUGGACGAAACGUUCCGCCUCAUACGGGACGGUGAUUGCGAUCGGCUGCAGCGCACCUGCGACCAGGACACUUGAGGACGCGGCUGCGAAGACGUGGUAAAACAAAGGCCCACCACCCAACACGCAGGAAGGAGAAGGCCCCGGAGCGAGCAGGGAGGACAGCAAGGGGUCAUCGUUUUAACAAAGCGAAAGUCGAUAAAGUGCAUCUUCGGCCCCACCGGGGUUGUUAUACAGUGUGCAGCCCGCGGCGCAAUAAAACGCGAUGGAUGGAGAAAAUAAUUGUUUAUCUGUAUGUAAUUUGUUAAGCUACAAUGCGCGCCUGUGUGUGCGUGUGUGUUUGCUUGUGGCUACUGCAGAUGCAUUAACAGCCGCAGCAUUGUUGGUUUUAUCUGAGGAAAUUUGUAUGUUUACGAUAUAAAUGCGUUUCCGUUUAUGUUUCCAAAAAAACCCCAUUUGAACUGACAGCUGUCACGUAGUAGGCGCUGCAAAAUGAGGAAGAUUGUAGGGUGCGGAAGUGCAUCCGUGUAAUUAUUCCAAACAUCCAUCAUCAGCAGCACAACAAGCAGCAAUAAAUAAUUAAUUACACAUUUGUUAAUCGAUAA